AGCAUUUCCUUUUCCCGCUAUUUAGUACUGCUUCCGUAAAUAAAUAGAAAAGAAUCGUACACAUUUCUUUUUAAUGUUAUGAUUACUAGUGUGGUCUUUUGUCUCCGACCGCCUCCAACCUUUUCUGUCUAGUGUGGUUUGGUUCGCUGCGCUACCAAUACUGCACGUCUGUGUGUCUCCACAUUUGUUUCUAACUCUUUUUAUUUAUCUGUUUUCUGCCGGCGCACGUUUCCUGCUGCAGUAUUUCUCGCGGUGUACAUGUUUGUGGAGGUGUUGCUGCGAGGCGACGUCUUUUCCUGUCGCCUUCUCGCGUGAUUGACGGUUGUGUAGGAGGGCGGGGUGCGGUGAAAGAUACGGAAAAGAGGAGCAAAACCCUUUACCGUUUGCGCCUGACUUUUGUGCCUGCUACGUCUGCUAUGCCCCUUAUUUGGGCCCGUCGCUGAGUUUUUUGUUGUCACUUUAUACACACACACAAACUCCCGAGAGCGAGUGAUGUAUUAGACUGCUUUCUUUCUUUUUACUUCCAACGCCAUUGUUCAUUGUUUUGUAUUUCACAGCUCUUUCAGUGGCAUUGCUUUUUCUUCCUCUUCCUUUCUCUGUCAAGGGAUCUGCUGCAAAUAAACACGCCUCUGGGACAGCGGCUUUUUUGGCGUUCGAUUUGUGUCUCCACCAUUCAGAAAAGCGACAGUUUUUGUUGUAUUAAUCAGAUCAAUUCCUGUUGCCCGUUGACGUCUGUCUCUCCUGUAAGAAUUGUGUUGGCACUUUGCCGGCCAACUCACCGAUCAUGUCCGACUCCGACUGGGAGGUGCUGUCCACCGACGGCGACGGGCAACUCAGCUCUCAGCAGUCUUCACUCAACGCGACAGAGGCGGUCGCGGCGGAGCACGCUGCGGACGUCAGCGGUUCCGCGGCAGUGUGGCAGUCUUCGCACGCGCCCCCGACGGUGGACCGGCGCACCGUCCUCACGCCACUGUGUCUGUCGACGAAUCAAACCGGCACGCGCCUCGGCGUGGGACAUACAAAAGGCUUCCUUGUUUUCCGUUUAGCUGCAGCCAAGACAGAUGCUUCCACAGCAGCAGCACAAGAGUCUUCGCUGCCCGCGCAGAGCCAGCUCAUUUUGGACCCGCAGUACAACGUGGACCUACUCACCUUUUCACACGUACGCGAGCGCAUGCGUCAGCAACGGCUACGUCACACACAACAAACCUCAGCCACAACAGCAGCAGCAGCCACCAUGAGUCACGUUGCGCCACACCAGAGGGAGGAGAAGGUGGAAGAAGAGGAAUUGAAUACCCCACCCAGCGUGGAAAGCGUCAUCAGCGAGCGCACCACUCCGACGAUGCAGCGCGCCACGGAAAGAGAGGAGAACCAAAAGGAAAAACUUGCGAAUCGUGUGAGCAGCUCAUCGUUGGAGCUGGACGACCUCGGCUCCUUUCUUACAGCAGCGGGGCGUGCCUUUGCGCAGCUGAAACGCAGUGAUGCCCACGGCGACCCUCCGGCCCCGUCUGCUAGACGAACAAAGGAAUCAGAUGGACCCGUGUCGCGAGACACGUGCGAUGUGCAAGCUUCGGAAGAGAGGGAAGAAGUGGUUGGUGAAGAUCACGGCUCCGCAUUUCACGAGUCCACCGCACGGAUGGUGCAGCACCGUUCACCUCUGUCGCCCUUCAUGGCCACGCCCACGCCUUCUGCUACCACGUUAGCGCCCAUCUCUGUUUUGAAAUGGGGUAAGGACGAGGACAUCGCUGUUGACGUAUCAGAAAGCUCCUUGAAUGAUCUGCUGCGAAGCGGCAUCGGCGACAGCGCGUGUGCACGCCGUCGGGAUCAUGAGCAAAAAGACUCGGCAAGUAGAGCUGAAUUCCACCACUCCGACGUCGCGAUGGAGGAGGACGAGGACGAAGAGAAUUGCAUUGGCUUCGCAGGCGGUGGUGUGGUGGUGAUGUCGCUCCUGUAUGAUCAGACGUGGCUGUCCCUCGUGGGCGGGGGGCCUACGCCGAUGGGCGCCCCAAACGAAGUUCACUUUGUGCGGGACGGUGAGCCGCACCAUCAGCUCACGAUGCCGCAACCCGUCGUGAAGCUUUUUCUGGACGCCCGACUGCUCUUCGUCGUGACCACCGCGGAGCUGCGCGUCUACACGAACCCGCUGGAGCAGAACUGGGUAUGCCUGCGCCAGCGGAUCCCGCUAUCCGCGAGUGUGGCUGCGCGCUACGCCGCCGUUCCGUUGGCACCGGUGGAGGCGGAGGACACUGCAACGGUGACGGCAGAGAACGUACCUUUGAGUGUGUGGGGAGCACACCGAUUCGACGUUGAUCAGCAACUGGCGAGCUCAACGAACCCCUCGCUGGCCUCCGCUUCACCGGUGAGUGCGUCCGCUGCUGCUGCUACCACCUCUGCUCCGUUCAAAGGAAAGGAAUCUCAUGACGCACCGCGCCACACCGCGACGACUGCGGCGUCGACGCCACCGGCGACGUGUGUGACGCUACCGAGCAUCCCUACGGUGGUGGACUACGCCCGAAAUCUCCUUCUUCUUCCUACGGGCGACACGUGCCAGGGUUUUGCGCUGUACCGCUACAUCACGAGUCCAGAGCCCGUAGAGCGCCGGGAGGAAGCCGCCGACACGACUGGCAGCGCAUCCGCAACGGCAGCGCAGGCGGGUACGGAGAACACAACGGAUGACAACCCUGCGGCGGCCACUACCGGGCGCACCGUCGUCUAUCUCCAGCACAUCGCCACACAGCAGGUCGCGCAUAAAAACCCGCUGCACAAUCUGGCCUUGUACGUCGGCUGGCCAACGGCGACGUCACGAUUGUGGUCCACCGUCGCAGAACGCGGCAACACAAAGCAGCCAAGCGAUUCCACGCCCUCAUCGGCGUCUUCUUGUUCAACCUUGUCCGGCGCAAACACGACGUCACGCAGCGCCUUCGAACGCGAUCGCAGCUGCAGUGGAACAGUGACGCUCGUCGCGGCGUCGAGCGAGUACGCCACGCGGCUUACCCUGUGGCUGUUACAGCAAGACGCAGACGACCGGUACCACCAGCCACAACCGCCGUCGUCGGACCCCUCGCACCGCGACCCGAUAAGCGGACCUCUUCCUCGUCCCGGCCGUAGUGACGGCUACAACGUCGGUGGCACGGCGAACACAGCGGCCAGCUUUGUGCUUCUGCGCGAGUUCCGCGUGGGGCUGCGGCUCACACCACCCAAGUCGGUGAUCGCGGCGCUGCCAGGUGUGUCGCGCUUCAUGUCACGGGCGCACCCCUCUAUUUCUUCUUCCACCACCACCGCCGCACCUCCAUCCAUCGCAACGAGCGCACGGGUCCGCGCCGACGUUAGCCAGUUCUCGUCCAACGUGUCCUUAGCCAAUGCAAACCAAAAAGGCGGGCAGGAGAGAUUUGCUUGGAGUGAGACCGAAGGGAACAGCACCGCGACAUCAGCCGUUGCCGCCACCGGCUCUUCUGCCCUUCCCCGCUACGCCGCCUCCACCUCGACAUAUCGCGGCACCGUCGCGGCAUGGGCGAACGAGGCCGCCUCGGUGGUGACCGCCUGCGCCUCCGCCUUCCCGACCAUCGAGCACAUGCAAUUUAUCGGAAACGGUGCGUACUUGUUGUGCGUGCACGGCACUGACGCACUCAGCGUCUUCUCCACCAGCGCGCCGGAGUCGGAGCAGGAAGCAAAGGAUGUCACGCGCGAUCGCGCCGUUGCGGAGCGAAACCGGUACUCUCGCCUCUCCAUCAUGAAGGAGUACCUCCCGCGCGCGUUGUCGAACCGGCUGGACGCCUACACGCGACAGGCCUGGUCUUCGUGCUCCGGUCGCCUGCCGAGCUUCGACACCGGUUUUGUACCGCGGUGGCUUUAUCUGUGGCAACAGGACGCAGCAGCAGCAGCGGCAGCGCCUGCUAAACAGUCGAGUGCUGGCACGCAAUCGUGUGCCACAGCCCUAACGCCACAAUCCACAACUACGGCAGCGACAGGCGGCAGCGACACCAACACGGCAAGUCGAGGUGGGCGACGACUCUUCCAUCGGCUGACCGCCCUUGUUGGCUCGCGAUCCCAGCAGCAGCGGCAACUGCCAGCGCCAUCUAGCAACAACACGGAACCUGUUUCUCUGGCAGGUGGCACCCAUGCGCAGGACCCACUGAGAGCUUCACCUGUGGUGUCGCCCUCCAUGACGGAGAACGCGCUCGCAAUACGUACUGCAUCGCCGGGUCGCUGCAGCGUCAGCAUAACUUCUUCGACAAAUGCACCGCAGCUGCUGUGGGGUGCGCCGCUCACGGGGCUGUCGCGCUGCGUUUGUAUUUGGUCUGCCUCUUCUCACCACGGCCCGCACGGUGGUGACUCCAGCCGGGGUGAUUCAUUUCUGGGUGCGGCGCGGCGCCCCAUCGUGCUGAACUGCGCCACCUGCGAAGGGGCGUUUACCAACGUGUUUUUGUUUGCUGAGGAUGGAGAAGUUGUCACCUCACGUGUCCUCCCCUACGAGGCGGUGUGA